AUAAUUUUUGUAUUUUAUAAUCACAAGGACAAAAUUAGUUUUGAAAAAGAUAAGUUCGCGCGAUAACCAGACUAUCGAUUAGGUAUCGAUUAAAGAACCAGAAACGCAGCUAAAACUUUGUUCCAUCACUAAAGCUCCAUGUACAAAAACGCAGAAACGAAACUUGUUCAGAGAUUCAAUAUAAAAUCAAAUCAAUUCGAAUAAUAUUCGCGAUUUAAUUAAUUUUGUAUUUACUGCGUAAGGUGAAUACAUUGUUUAUUUAGGGCAUUUGUGCAUUUUCAUUCCCUUAUCCUAUUGCUAGGCUUCGCCACCGACUCGCACCACGCUGUUUGCAUGCGUUAACUUUUUCUCAGAGUAUUUUGGUUGAAUUUAAAAAAAUCACAUUACUAUGGAUGGUUUUGACGCUCUACUAAUUGCAAGUGUCAAGCGCAACGUUUCAAUAUUCGAGAAAUACCACUCUAGAUAUGACAGAAAGCAGGCGUGGAUUGCAGUGGCCCAAGCAUGCCAGAGAUCAGUUGAGCACUGUCAAGUUAGAUGGAAGAGCCUACGAGAUCGCUAUGUGAGGGAAGCGCAAAGGCCCGCUGCCACAAGGAGGUAUUUUCGGAUGUUUAAGGAGCUCGAUUUCCUCAGGGAGCACAUGAGAAUCAGAAGGAAGCAGAAUGAACUGUGCAAUACAUUAAACACAAAUACAACGCCUGUGCCGGGUGAAACCGUGGAAAGCCAGUCGGCAGAUGAACCAGCCCUUCAACGAAACUACAUCACUGAAUUUCAACCGGAUGAGUUAAUAGUUGAGUGUAAGGGCGAGGAGGAAUACCUCAGCGAGACGGAUAACUCGAACGCGGAGUUUAUCUCAGAGGAUUCAGCGUGUCAUAUAGAGCAGAGCAGCAGCAGUUCCAAUGGCGAAGGACAGAGUCAAACUCAAGCCAAGUUCAUGAGCGUAAUGAAUCUCAUCGAAAGUGUGUUACAGGAUAAGCCGGCAGAGCCCCAAGAUCCCUUCUACACGUAUCUAGAGAGCAUUUUGGCUGGCGUAGACGAUAGUACUCGAAGAGAUAUACAACUAAAAGUGCUCAACUUCGUUAGUGACGAAAUCAGGGGAAGUAGACAAAAUUAGUUUACGAAAAUGAUAUAUAUACAAAUUAAUUGUAUAUAUGGAUACUCACCCGUGUGGGUUUUUAAAUGCGUUCGCAGAUUUCCAAUUGUGCUGUAGCUGCGAUAACAGUUCUCAUAAUUGCAUCUAUAGCGACUGAGAGCCUCAUCCGAACUCUAAAUUGCAAGUAUAACAAUGCUAUUAGAUCAGAUUCAUUGCACUAGCUAUAUGAUUAAUAUAGUAUACAUGUGCAUGUUCUUUAGAAUGAGACAAUUAUGAUGAAAUGGAUUCAUGCUGAACAUUGGGUGCGAGUGAUAUGUUAGGGGACAGCCUUUCGAAAUAAGCAGAUACUACGCACCGCUAAAGAUGGUUAACAAAACUUGGUUACACACGCCCUACAGCAGAAUCGCAGGAAUCGGAUUCGGAUUCUCCGCUAACACUAAGAUUAGGAUGGCGAGUAGCUACAAAAAGCGUUAGGCAACGGAAGGCACGUUAGACAUUGCACUAGCGGUUGGUGAUUGGGUGUGGGUACCUCGUAGGCCAACGCCAUUAGCUGAUCGUUCUCGUCCUGCCUCUCCACCUCCUCCUCAUCGACAUCUUGGUGCAGCACGCCCGGUUGGAUGCAGUGGGCCAGCUGCUCGUCCUCGUCCGGCUCAUUUGGAUCGUACUCAUCCACAUAGCUGGAAGAUCCGACCGAGCGGGGUAAAGAGACCAACAUGGGGGAAAUUUAUCGAAUUUGCAGUUGGAAACAAACAGAAAAUCGCAUCGGGCGGGGCAUAUGUAUAUUCCAUCCGAUUUGUGUGUCAGUGGGCCGUUAAGAUCUUUGUAUAUAAUUAUAAACGCAACAAGUAUAUGUACAUACAUAUAUACAAAUAUAUAUAUGAAUGAAAAAUUGCACAGAUUGCGAUUAGUGGGGUUAGAGCGUCAGCAAACAAAGUCGCAAAGGCGAUCGAAUAAACAGCCGUUUCCUGGAGGGCUCUUCUGUCCUUAUUAAUCAGAUUAAUUAAUAUUUAAUGUUGUCAUGGUCAAAACACAACAAAUGGCAAAAUAAAAUAGCAGACGGCAACAGAAACUAUAAAGAAAAGCCGAGGGAAGCAGAACAACAAGUGCGUGGGCGCUGAGACGGCUGGCAGGCUGACUGACGGGCAGCGUGCGUCCCCCACGGACCCUUCCUCAUCCCUUUGGCCGCCGGCUCACCCAUCGAGAUGCCCCUCCCCCCACCCCUCUAAUCGCGGGAGUACUGAAAAAUGAGAAAUAUGAUUGAGGGAACACUACUCAUGGCGGUAAAAAUAGCAAGAGGGCGUCGUCGCCGAACGGGGAGCUCGGCAGGAAGGAAGGAACAACAAGCAAGGCACGGAUGAAAAAUUGAAAAAUUAUUGUACCGCAGAAUAAUGAGCAAGCGAGGAGCAACAACAAUGUAGAACGUAGCGAACUAAGCCCAUCACAACAGAUCAUUUGGACUUAGCCGCGGGAAAAUUUAGUUUAUGACCAAUUCGCCAUAUCUUUUGAAGGGUUUCAAUCAAUCGGGUGCUUUACGUAGCAGCUGGACUAGUCUAUCUAUUACCCUGUACAUUUAAUCUAUUGAAAUGUGAGUAAACAUUGUGUAAACCCUUCAGCAUUCGUGACUUAUCAGAAAAGUUGUUAACUAAGUUUCGGCAGAACUGAUUUGUUUUGUAUUUUUAUUAAAAGCCCUAUCAGCUGUACAUGUUAUUUAGCCUAUUUCUAGAGAAUAAAGACCUUUGAGACAUUUACAAUUUUUACCCUUUGGGAAAAAUAGAAUAGAGAAAACUUUUUAUAGUGCCAAAUCGCACUUUGUCGGGGGAGAAUUUCACAAUAGAAGCCACUACAAUUUGGAUUCUUUUGAAAACCGGCUUCUUUACAUCAAGUGUUAAUGAGUUUCGGGAAAAUUUUCGGUCGUCUUCGCCUAACACAUUGUAGAAAUAUACAUCUAUGUAUGCAUAUGUAUAUCCAUCUAUACAUUCUGCUCGGCAUUUGGGGUGGGGGUAGAAAUCUAAAUGCGUUCAUCGCCGCAACUAUUUUUGGCCCAAACAAAUGAUUUUCGAUACAAUCAUCAGCCGAAGUGGAGGCCCAAAGGCAUGCAGCCAUUAUGAUGCCCAUUGGCACACGGUCUCGGCAUAGUGGAUGUUCGCGACGAGGGUAUGCGCUGGUCGAGUCGAUUGAAGUGCGCAGAAUGCAACAGGCUGAGAACACAAAUCAGGCAAUUAGCAAGCAACUUGCAAGCGAUUCGGACACCGCGUUGUAAUAAGUGGACAUUGGAACGCUUGAAAUUCGCCAACACAAAUUCUCGACAAGGAAGAAAAUAUGAAAAUUCGAUUUUGCCUCUUUUUUUCGUGGGCAGCCAAACAAAAAGUGAAAUAAAAUUUAAAAAAAAAUCGGACACGUCACGACAGACGCUAGGCGAAUGUUUUCCUUUUUCCGCUCUCUCUCUCGAGAAUCUUUUUGUGUGUGGGCAGUGGAAAAUUAGCAGCGAAGAGGGGCGGUGGUGUCCCUGGCGGGGGUCAGAAUGCGGAGGGCAAGGCACACCUGACGGCCCACUAUAAUUGGCCAAAAAACGACAAAAGCACCAAGCACUAAUCCACUCAUACAUGACACUGAAAAUAUGCAAUUAUUAUUCCCGUUCUGGCUUUUGCAGCAAUUCGAAAUUAAGUGACUUUUUUCGUAAGGCAAUCGAACGAUUUCAAGGCCUGGCAUAAAAUUAAAUAUUAAAUAAUAUCGGCAAAAAAGUGUAUAUAUUUUUAAUAUUUCAUAAUUCUGCGCUCUAAUCAUAACAUAAAUUUAAUGAAUUAAUUAUGUGCUCAAAGCUUGAACCAAAUUCAAUAUCUCAAAUAAAAUGCUUUGCCAAGACU